AUGCAUUCGGAUUCUUUAAUGGAAUACAUUUUGGUGAACUACCGAUGGGUGUUUGUAGUAUUCUUCCUCCUACCAUGCACUCUGAUAGGAAAAGUGUGGGCCACCUUCGAAAAAAGCUUAUGGUCACGCCGCCGUCAUACCGGACUUGACCACCAAAAAAAAGUUGAAAACAUUCAGCUCGAGAUACGGCAUAGAAAUGUAUACGCUCCCAACCGUGUGAUGUGUACGGCCAGACCUAGUUGGAGGAGUAUGACUCUGGCUGAAAUGACGUACAAGAAAUGCAUGUUCAACAUAAACGUCCAUUUGGAUGAGAUGAUUUCUAUCGAUAGUCACAAUCGGACAGUCAGGGUCGAACCGAGUAUUACAGUGGGCCAAUUAAUUCCAAUAUUAAUCCAAUCCGGGUGGACAGUACCCGUGGCCUUGGAAUUAGAAGACUUGACUAUAGGAGGACUAGUUAUGGGCAUUGGAUUGGAAUCUUCGUCUUUUAAGUUUGGGUUGUUUCAUAAGACAUGUACGCGAUACGAACUCAUUACAGCCGACGGUGAUUUGAUCACAUGUUCAGAGGCAGAGAAUCCAGACGUUUUUGAAAGUAUUCCAUUUUCGUAUGGUACACUAGGAUUUUUGACAGCCAUCGACAUCACCAUAAUACCGGCAAAAAAAUAUGUCAGACUCCAGUAUCGUCCGAUUAGUUCUUUGGAAAAAAUUCAAUCCUGUCUUAUCUCAGAAACGCUUGAUACGGAAAAUAAUGAUUUUGUUGAGCUAUUGAUGUAUAGUAAAGAUGAAGGUGUUCUGAUGACUGGAAAAAUGACAGACGGAGAUCAAAGCACAAAAUAUAUCAAUGAAAUUGGGCGAUUUUACAAACCGUGGUUUUUUAAACACGUUGAAUCAUUCUUAUUAUCACAAAAGAAUGCCGAAGAAUAUAUUCCAUUAAAAGAUUAUUACUUUAGACAUAAUAAUUCUUUAUUUUGGGAAGUGCAGGAUAUAAUACCUUUUGGAAACCAUCCAGUAUUUCGUUAUCUAUUGGGAUGGAUAAUGCCAGCAAAAGUGGCUCUACUGAAAUUGACACAAACUGAUACCAUUAAGCGAUUGUACAAUGAGCAUCAUUUCAUAGAUGACUUCAUACUACCAAUUUCAUGUCUGAAAAAAUCUGUAGAAAAAUUUCAUAAACACUUAAAUAUUUAUCCUAUUUGGGUAUGCCCAACUGUUUUAAAUCCAGGUCACGGUCUCGUACACUCACAUGCUUCAGUAGACAAUAUGUACAUUGAUAUUGGUUUAUAUGGAGAGCCCAAUGUGUCCAAUUAUAACUCAGAUAUCGCGAAGGAUUUAGAACUAUUUGUACUCAAGUCGAAAGGAUUUAAGAUGAUGUAUGUCGGCACUUAUUUGAAUAUAUACGAGUUCAAAAAAAUGUUUAAUCAUUGUUUGUAUCAGCGUAUAAGAAUGCAGCUUAAUUGUGAAUACAACUUUCCAGAAGUCUACGACAAAGUGAAUAAGAAAGUUAGAAGAUAA